UUCCUAUCCGGUGGUGCACUUCCGGUCCAGAAUGUAAACUUCCGGUGCUGCAGCAAUACCUUCCCGCCAAUGGGGAACCCAUCCUUGCAGCGCACUGACUGAAGGUAAUACAAGAGAAAUAGCCACCAGGUGUCACACAGUAUAAUGUCCCACGAUGUCCUGGGGGGUUACAGUGUAAUAGUUACGGUGUAUUCCGUGAUUUUACCGGCUUAGACUCCUGGGUAGGACGGGAUAAAGGUUCCGGGGUCACUGGGUUCCAUGGGGAAAGUGGUAAAAUAAGUUACUGUACAUAAAGGGAUGCCAGAUUUUUACCUUAUAUUGAAGUGCCUAGAAAUCCUGUGGGUCACCUAGAAGCCAUGGGAGCUGUGUAUACAAACUGUUUGAUGUAAAGUAGUAAAAGUGGUAUGUGACUGAUUUAUUGGCUGGAUCUAUUUACGUUCAUACCUAUUGUUUGCAACUUGAAAAUUUAUUUUUGCUCCAAAUUUAUUUUUUAUCAACAGUUCAGUCCACAUUUAGCUAAUGAAAACAUGCAUGCUUUUGUUUUUGGCUAUAUGAAAAAACAGCUUGCAAAAUUUUCAGAACAGCAGCCUUUGCUAGCCCUCCCUUAUCAGCCUGUCUUUGGUAAUAAACCAAUGAGAGGUAUCUCAGUGAGACACACGUUCACGUUUCUUAUUUUAUCAAUGAGCUGUAGUAUAGAUGCCAAUUUCUACUGCAUUAGUUUAAAUGCCUAAACGAUAGAUUAGAUUUAGAUGCCUCCCAAUCAUCUAGAUUUCGACGGGACAGUCCUGAAUUUCUAGCCCUGUUCCCCUGUCCUGACUCCUCCUUUUGUGGAUACCAGGAAUCUGUCCAAAAAAAGUAUAAAGUGAGCGCAUCUUUAAACGUGUAUCUUUAAACGCAUCUUUAAACGCCCUGCCUUCAGUGGGAUGCAUGAUUGCAGACAGCCUGACUUCCAUUCACGCCCAGUUUUUUAGCCUGUCGCACAGUUGCCUUGCUUGUCCACCCCAUUUACCUCUUGACUCCAGACUUUGCUUAUAGAGAAUCAGCACUUCCUUUGACAUUAAGGUUUAGCAUGGCUCCUCACACCUUCCCAAAGUACUGGUAGAACUGGUGGCAAAGAUCAGUACACAAGGGAUUAACAUCUUCCAUGGUCUGGACAAUAUUCUUCUCCGACAAAGAAUCUAUUCUGGAACACAGACAUUUGACAUUAACGAUUCUUAAAGAUUAUGAAUGGAUUAAAACACUAGAAGAGUCAUCUCAUGAUGACUCAAGAGCUGGUUCACUUGAGAACAAGGUUAAUCAUGACCACAGCUACAGUGUUCCUCUCAAUAGAGGAGUCUUCACAUCCAAUUUAAGAUCAGUUGGAUCUCUGUCUCUAGCAUGUGAGUCUCCUGGGUUCUCUUUCAUCCAAAAUACGCCUUACCAGGUGGGCUCAGUGGAACAUGAGGAUACCUCAAAGAUCCUUCCUGGAUCACUACAAAAAACAGUGCCUAGAACAUGAGAUUCCUGUUUCCCAGCAGGUGAAAUUUGCUCUCCAAUGGUGGUUAGUGUAGGAUUACAUCUUUAAUGGAUAUUCGUUGAAUGAAGAUUCCUGGAAAAUAAUCAUGACUGAUGCCCGGCAGACAGCAUUGUGUGCCUAUCUGUUUUCCUAUCUGUUUUUUUGUUCAAGUGGAGACUUUAAUACAAGUAAGCUGCCAUGACAACGUUUUGUCUACUAACAUUCACUAACAAAACUUAACAAAGACCACUGUCAGUGGGCGAAACAUCAUGGCGGUUUGCUUAUAUUAAAGUCUACACUUGAGGACAUUUUGUGUGCCUGGACCCUUUGUGUAUUUUUCUGGACAGUUUGUAAAUAUUCACAAUUUCUGAGUUUGGUACACCAAUUUAUUACUUCAAUUAAAUAGUCUGGCAUGAGAGCUAUCCUUGUCUAUUCAAGUCUUUCCUCUAGUUCCUCUAAUAUUUCCUCUUCUCAAGAGACUACAGAGGAAAAAAAAGUAAAACUGAUUGUCAUAAUUCUGUGUUGGCCUCUGUCAUAAUUCUGUGUUGGCCUCAGAGACCAUGGCUUCCAAUCCUUUUGCCUCUGUCUCAAGAACCUCUAUUGGAACUACCUGUCAGCAAAGAUUUCCUAUUUCAGGGCCCAAUAAUUCAUGAGAGUCCUCAAAGUCUCCGUCUGAUGGCCUGGAAUUUGCAAAGUUGGGUCCAAAUAGCUUCAUGCCAGGAAGAGAUCUAUAUCUUUGGCUUACAAUAGAGCUUGGAAUGUUUUUUUGGAAUGGGUCUUGGUAAAUUACAUCUCCCUCUCCUGUCCAACAGUGAAUAUUGUCAUGACAUCCCAAGCUGGAUUUAAAAAAGCCUGUCACUCUAAGGGACACUAUAGUCACCAGAAUAUCUACAGUUUAAUGUAUUCUAGUGAGUAUAGUCAGUCCAUGCAGGCUUUUUGCAGUAAACACUGUCUUUUCAGAGAAAUGGCCACUCAUCAGAUGACUACUAGAGGUGCUUAAUGGAUCAGUGUUGCACAUUGUGCAGCACUGACCUUGUGUCUCCACCCUCUGCAUGGAGACACUGAAUAUUCCUCAUAGAAAUGCAUUGAUGCACUUUCUGCUGUCAUGAGAGUAAGUAAGGGCUCUCUGUCAAGCUCAGACCUGUAGAAUCAUUCAUCCACUCAUAUGAUUUGCCAUUGCUUCUGUAGUGGAUCCCCCAUUUGACCCUCCGGAAAAGGUUCUGAUAAACAUUCUGUCCUGGAAACUGGUCCUGCUGGUGGCUCUUUUCUCUGGGUGCAGUGUUUCUGAAAUCUAAGCCUUUCCUGCGAAACUCUAUUACUUAAUUCCAGGAAGAGAGAGUGAUACUCAGAACAGUUCCAUAUUUCAAACCUAUGGUGAUUUCUUCCCUCCACAUCAAUUAAGAGGUUAUCCUUCCAGCAUUGUUCCCUCUUCCAACUUCGGGAAGGGAGUUUAGGUGGCAUAAUCUGGAUUUGGUUAGAGCUCUCUCUAAUUACAUUAAAAGGACAUCCUUAUGGAUGAAGUUGACUUUUUCUACUCCAUUCAGGCCUCACAGUAAGAACUAAAUAAGCUAUAAACGUAGAUAGACUGUAAGCUUGUUUGAGCAGUCCUCUUCAACCUAUCAUUCCUGUAAGUUUUUUGUAAUUGUCCUAUUUAUAGUUAAAUCCCCCCUCUCAUAAUAUUGUAAAGCGCUGCGGAAUCAGUUGGCGCUAUAUAAAUGGCAAAUUUUAAUAAUAAUAGACUGACCGCCCAUAUAUACAUGACACCUAAGUAAUUCUAAAAAAUUUGAAACCCUUGGCAUAGCACUAUUUUUUUUUUUGAGCAAAUCUCGUGAAGUAAUACUACCCUUCUUCCUAUUCUACCUUGAUUGAUGUUACAGUGGUCUUGUCAUACCUCCUCUCCACUACCUCCCCCCUCCCCCCCAGUCAUUCUCCUGGUACUCAGCCUGGGCAUAGCCCUUAAUAUAUUACAUUAUGUUCUCUAUGCCGGCCCACAACUUUGCAUGUAUCCUUCACAAUUCUUCAUAAUGAUUUAAUUUAUUCGGUUUGCAAUCAUUCCUUACAAAGAGAUAAUUCCCUCCUCCUUUCCCUGCCAUUUGUUAAAGGAACACUAUAAUCACCUAAAUUACUUUAGCUAAAUAAAGCAGUUUUAGUGUAUAGAUCAUUCCCCUGCAAUUUCACUGUCAUUUGUCAUUUAGGAGUGAAAUCACUUUGUUUCUGUUUAUGCAGCCCUAGCCACACCUCCCCUGGCUAUGAUUGACAGAGCCUGCAUGAAAAACUGGUUUCACUUUCAAACAGAUGUAAUUUACCUUAAAUAAUUGUAUCUCAAUCUCUAAAUUGAACUUUAAUCACAUACAGGAGGCUCUUGCAGGGUCUAGCAAGCUAUUAACAUAGCAGGGGAUAAGAAAAUCUUAAUUAAACAGAACUUGCAAUAAAGAAAGCCUAAAUAGGGCUCUCUUUACAGGAAGUGUUUAUGGAGGGCUGUGCAAGUCACAUGCAGGGAGGUGUGACUAGGGUUCAUAAACAAAGGGAUUUAACUCCUAAAUGGCAGAGGAUUGAGCAGUGAGGCUGCAGGGGCAUGUCCUAUACACCAAAACUGCUUCAUUAAGCUAAAGUUGUUCAGGUGACUAUAGUGUCCCUUUAAGUUUUCAAUAUACUACCAUUACUGUUACUAGAUAUGUUAUUGACACACGUUUAAAUAAAACAGACCAGGCAUAAUCCCAUAAAUAGAAGAGAGUACUACAUAUUUUGUUAAAUUUGAAUGCACAGGGCUGUGGAAUUUAUAUUGCAGAGGACUUUGGUUCCACGGGAGCUUGACAGAAAGUUGUUGUUCGUUUACACGUAAAUUGCAUCCACCCAGUACACACCACACACACUUUACAUGCAGCCAGCACACUCCACACAUUAUAUACAGACACACAGCCAGUAUCACCGCACACACAUGACACACAGCCAGUAGACGGUGAGACACUUUGGGUGAUUCACUAAACUAAGAAUUUUUACAAAAUGAAACCAAAUGGCAAAACUCUGGCAAAUGUUGGGACUAAUUGAGAGUUAGAGAAUUUUACCAGACCAGUUGUUUUUGCCUCCUUUUUACCAUUCAGAUUUAAUUUGUGAAAAUUGAGAGAUUAGCACACAGUCCUGUCAAUACCCAGGAUUCUUAGCAGGGACUCCAAUCUUUGUAAUUGAAAUGAUUUUGUGUCAGGACAAGUAGAUUGUCAUGAUUGACAAGUAGACUGGACUGCCACUUUAGUCCCUUGGACAAGUAGAUUAUUUCUUAAAAAUAAAACAUUCACACUUCUGAAUGCAUCAUACAUGAAAACUAAUUUGAUUUUUAUAGAAAUGCAUUGCAUCAUCUUCCCACAAUAGAGUACUUCCUGUAGCUGCAUGGCCUUUCUCAGUGCAAUGGAGACCUCUUUGAUACAAAGUUGCAGUUGCAGAAUUGAUCAAAACACUAAUGCCAUGUACAUCAGCCAUGUCAAACCCGUGGCCCACUGGCAGCAUGCGGCCCAUAACUAAUAUUUAUGCGGGCCGUGGCGUGGGAGUGCUGAGUAUAAGCUCUCUCUGCUCAGCUCCCCUCAUUGAUGCUGAUCUUGGAACCGGAGUAUGAUGCUGGUACUGGAGUCGCAAUGUGGCUGUCUGUGUGUAUAGGUGUAUGGCUGUCUGUAUGUAUAGAUGUAUGGCUGUGUAUUUGUAUGGCUGGCUAUGUGUGUGUAUGGCUGUGUAUGUGUCUGGCUGUCUGUGUGUAUAAGUGUAUGACUGUGUUUAUGGCUGUGUGUGUCUGUCUGUGAGUAUAGGUGUAUGGCUGUGUGUGUGUCUGUGAGUGUAUGUGUGUGUCGGAGUGAUUCUAUGUGUCUGUCAGUGAGUGUGUCUCAGUGAGUCUAUGUGAGGGUUUCAAGGAGUAAUGAGAGGAUCUGCUUUUUUAAGGUGCGGAUGGGGCCAUUGGGGGUAUGCCAGAGGCGGGACUCCGGACACUGCUUGUUGGCUGUUUUUUAAACGGGCAGGGGUUUAGUAGAUGGGGGGGAGGGAGGGACUGGGAUAUAGUAGAUGAGGGGGGCUAAGAUUUAGUAGACAAGGGUGGGACUGGGAUUUAGUAGAUGGGACGACGACUGGGGUUUAGUAGAGGGUUUUUUUUUUUUGCGGCCCACAUAAACUUAAACCUUGUUUAUGUGGCCCUUGCUAGCCUUUGAGUUUGACAUGCUUGAUGUACAUAAUUUUGAGUUCCUGUUAAAUAAGAACGAAAGACAUAAGUAACGAAAGGCUUAGUUGCUUUGUUGUCUGUUUCCCGUUGAAAAUAAAAUCUGCAUUUGGUUGUGUGCAACACACCAGGAGCUUAACCCCUUCCCGACCGAGGACGGUUCAGGACCGUCAUCGGCAUUUUUGGCUUGCCGACCGAUGACGGUCCUGAACCGUCCUAACGGUCUGAGCUACUUACCUGAUCGCCGUCGUUCCCCCGACGGCGAUCAGCGUGGCUCCGGUUGUGGGGAGACUGCCUGCAGCCCAGACAGUCUCCCCACGCUGAAUUAGGACCCCUGUGGCCAUGUGAUCGCUCAACACAGCGAUCACAUGGUCACAAUAGGUGUCCAUGUGUCUGCCUGCAGGGGGACUGUCUGUGCUGACAGGCAGUCUCCCUGCUAGUGUAAAAUCAAAAAAAAAAAUAAAGUUAGUGUUAAUUAAAAAAAUAAUAUUAAUUAUAUAUGUGUAUAUAUGAUAUAUAGACAUAUAUUAUAUCUAUAUAAUAUAUGUCUAUAUAUCAUAUAUAUAUAUAUAUAUAAUGUCAUACUAAGUGUAUUUUUAUAUUAAUAUAUACUUAUAUUAAUAUAAAAAUACACUUAUAAUUAAAUUACACAUGUGUAUAUAUAUAUAUAAUAUAUAAUAACUAUAUAUAUAUUGUGUAUAUAUAUAUAUAUUAUUAUAAAAUAUAAAUAAUAAGUAAUUUAAAUUAAAUAAUUUUUUUAAAAUAAUAAUAAAAAUUUGAAAAAAAUUAUAUCUAUAUGAAAUUUUAUUCUAACUGUAUUUUAAAAUUAAUAUAUAUAUAUUUAUAUCAAAAUACACUUAGAAUGAAUUUGUGUAUAUAUAUAUAUCUAUGUAUAUAUAAAUAAAAAUAAUACGAAAUAUACAUAUGUCCAUAUACAAAAUUACAUAAUUAUAUAAAUAUACACGUAGACUUAAACUAUAUAAAUAUGCAUAUAUAUUUAAAUUCUACGUGCGUAUUUAUGUAAUAUUUUUACAUAAUUCAGUAAUUUUAUUGAUUGCAAUUUGAGGGACCUGCCUGCCAACCCAGGCCGAAAUUCCAGAGAAUUUAAUUUGCUAGCACUGUAUUUUACCCUGUAACGUUCUACGACACCCUAAAACCUGUACAUGGGGGGUACUGUUUUACUCGGGAGACUUCGCUGAACACAAAUAUUAGUGAUUCAAAACAGUAAAACAUAUCACAGCGAUGAUAUUGUCAGUGAAAGUGACUUUUUUUGCAUUUUUCACACACAAACAGCACUUUUACUGAUGAUAUAAUUGUUGUGAUACGUUUUCCAGUUUUUAAACACUAAUAUUUGUGUUCAGCGAUGUCUCCCGAGUAAAACAGUACCCCCCAUGUACAGGUUUUAUAGCAUUUUUGAAAGUUACAAGGUCAAAUAUAUGGGUCAAAUAUUUUUACAUUGAAAAUGGCCAGGUUGGUUACGUUGCCUUUGAGAGCGUAUGGUAGCCCAGGAAUGAGAAUUACCCCCAUGAUGGCAUACCAUUUGCAAAAGAAGACAACCCAAGGUAUUGCAAAUGGGGUAUGUCCAGUCUUUUUUAGUAACCACUUGGUCACAAACACUGGCCAAAAUUAGCGUUCAAUUUAGUUUUUUUACUUUUUUCACACACAAACAAAUAUGAAUGCUUACUUUGGCCAGUGUUUUCGACUAAGUGGCUACUAAAAAAGACUGGACAUACCCCAUAUUGAAUACCCUGGGUUGUCUACUUUAAAAAUAAUAUGUACAUGUGGGGUGUUAUUCAGAGAUUUAUGACAGAUAAUAGUGUUACAAUGUCACUAUUGAUAAAUUUUAAAAAUGUAUGUUUUGAAACCGCAAUAUCCUACUUGUACCUAUAGCCCUAUAACAUGCAAAAAAAAGCAAAAAAGCACGUAAACACUAGGUAUUUUUAAACUCAGGACAAAAUUUUUAAUCUAUUUAGCAGUUUUUUUCAUUCGCUUUUGUAGAUGAGUAAAAGAUUUUUCAAGUAAAAGUCAAAAAACAUGUAUUUUUUUUCAAUUUUUCAUCAGAUUUUUGUAUUUUUUUUCAAUUAAAAUACAUGAGAUUAUAUAAAUAAUGGUAUGUAAAGAAAGCCCCUUUUGUCCUGAAAAAACAAUAUAUAAUUUGUAUGGGAACAGUAAAUGAGAAAGCGGAAAAUUACAGCCAAACACAAACACCACAAAAGUGUAAAAAUAUGCCUGGUCGCAAAUGUACAACAUUGCAAAAACAGUCCAGUCCUUAAGGGGUUAAAGAGUUACUUUAAGCACCAUAACCACUUAAGUAAUUUGAAGUAGUCGUGGUGCCUGGAAUCUAUAUGUGCAGAUGAAAAUGUUGUGCGUAGUUGUAUGCACAGAAUGUCAUACAUUGGCUGAGAGCAAUCAGCCAGUGAAUGCUCAUUAGUACUGGGAUACGAUUUCUGCAACUGCCAGAGCUGUAGUUAAACCUGCUUCAGAGCGAGUCAGUACAGAAAUGUUCACUGUGUGUUUAUAUACAUGUUCUUCAUUCAGGGUAAUGUCCAUCAUUGUGAGGAAUGUGCAACGAGUGGUCAGUGUCCGUAGGACUCCCAUACGGCUUAGCCUGGAGAUUGCCAGAAGUUGCCUUGGAGUGAAAUGCUUUGACAUUGCUGUGAUCUGUGCAAGCAAUGCCAAGAUGAGGAGAAUCAACAGCAUAUAUAGAGGGAAGGAAACAGCCACAGAUGUACUUUCUUUCCCGUUUUAUGAGGUACAUGUAAACUCAUAUUUCUAUUAAGGAGAGGUAACCUCAUUUGUGUGUCCUCUGUGAGCUGACAUGCCAUUCUACACCAUCUAGAAAAAAAUACUAAUCCCAGAAACUGUACGUCUAGGACCAAUGUCCAUUUCCAUAAGAAAUGUCAGUCCUGUUGUCAUAUUAGGAUAUUUUACCCAGCUGAAGCAGAGCUUGUAAGGGUAAAGCCAUUUCCCCAGGGGAAGUAGGAUUGGUUCACACUCAAACUGAAUUUGCAAUAUUUUAGUAAAAAUCAUCAAGUAGUAAAAUGUCUCCACCUAACUUGGAUCUUCUGGCAUAAAGUUUUUGCUUUUUAAUUAUUUAUAAUUCACUGCUUCUCAAAUACAAUCUGUGAUAUAAGAAGGUGUAAGAAAUUAAAGACGCAGUGUACUACCUCCUGAGACCGACAUACUCUGUUUUCCUACACAAGGUAGCGCUCCACUCCGCUAUCCCGACUGGCAAUUUUUUUCAGUCCACUAUGGCAGACUGCCACUGAGAAACAAUAUUUACCAUGGAAAAACAAGCACACUUCUGCAACAAGAUUUUGUAUGUUUAAAUACAGUCUACUGAUAUCUAUGAUAAUUGUUCCUUAUUUAUGACAUUACCCCAAAAGGGUCAUACAAUAUAUAAAGAGCGUGGAGAGAAUACUUACUAAAACAACCUCAAAACAAUUUAGGGUGCUACUCCUUAAAAGUACUCCCUCAAAUACCAAUACAAUAAAUGAUCAAUAAUAAAGAAUGCACACCUUAUAUUUAUUAAAUACAAUCCAUAUACAAACUAAUCACAAAAAACAUAACAGUGACUUACUAGGCAAUCAAUAUCCAAAAAUAUAUUUACCACAUUCAUCAAGCCUACAUGGGCAGAAACACGAGUCACAAAAAAAAACCCCAAACGUUUUGGCUCCUCCUGGUAGCCUUUAUCAAGGGUAUCUAAGCUGUAGUUAAACCUGCUUGAUAAAGGCUACCAGGAGGAGCCGAAACUUUGGGGGUUUUUUUGUGACUCGUGUUUCUGCCCAUGUAGGCUUGAUGAAUGUGGUAAAUAUAUUUUUGGAUAUUGAUUGCCUAGUAAGUCACUGUUAUGUUUUUUGUGAUUAGUUUGUAUAUGGAUUGUAUUUAAUAAAUAUAGAUUGAUACUUGGUAUUACAAGGUGUGCAUUCUUUAUUAUUGAUCAUUACCCCAAAAGGGAACAUGUUUUUGCCUUGAUACAAAUUACCCAUAGUCUGAUACAUUUCCCCUUGACCAAUGUUUAUCUGGGUCUAUACUGGCCAGGAGAAUGAUAACACUGAUCCGUAAUAUAGUAGAGAUUUACUUUGUUCCAGUGUUUCUUAUUUGAAAGACAAUGUUGAAUAAUACUUGUAUUUUUAUUGUUAUCUUUUAUGCUGGCCCAUAAAUCUGGUUGCAGAUACACAAGAAUUAAAAAAAUAAACUUAGUGUCCCACCUCAUUGUUACAGAAAAUUCACUGCUUAUAAUCCGUACUUUCUAAAGAUAAAACAAUUUAGCAGUUAUUUAUGUUUAUUUUUUUGUGUGCCCUAACAAAGCAGGGAAUCAUAUUUUAUAGCCUGCAUAUGACCAGAAACUCAAUUGUGUAUAUGUUGAUCUGUGCUUACAGGAUCUGCCUGCUGGCUCUGUACCUGUUCCAUCCUUUAAGGAUGAAUAUAAUUUGGGUGACAUUUACCUUGGGGUUGAAUACAUAUACCAGCAGUGUCAAGAAAUGGAAGAUGAUUUCAACAGUGCCUGUACUGUAAGUGUUUAAGAUUUAAGCCAUAAGGGGAAACCAAUAAUGACAGACAAAUUGGAAAAAUAAAUUCUAUAACUAAUGUUUUUCCACUUCAGCUAUUGUGUCCUAUAUUUUUAAAUUCCCUGGCCAAUUCCUGACAUUUCUGACUUUGGUAAAUUGUCUGUUUUUGACUGCAGGGUGGUUGUGUUUGUGUAGUGUCAGUGUGUGAAUGAAGUUUGAGUUUAGUUUGGGUGUGUGUGCAGUGUGUAUUUGUGUGUAAUUCCAAAUGUAUUUUUGUUUUCUUUUGGACUUCUUGAUCUCAAUGCUCACACACUUGUGUUAUCUCCAUCCCCUAGUUUCCUAUUUACAAUUUAAACACCCAUUUAACAUUAUUUUCUGUGGUUAGACCAACUUGCCAUUUACAAUUUUUCAAUGAAAAAUUACCUAUUGCAACUUAUGGUCUGUCUUGGAUUCUAGUUAUCAGUUUUACUUGUUCAAGCUUCUCUUCAUUGGUUGUCUUGUAACCAAAAUUAUCCAAUAUACGUAAUUAUUUAUUCAUAUUUUCUUUUUAAAGGAACACCUCAUUAAAUAACUAUGUUUGUGUCGCUGCCAGGUGACUGCUGUGCACGGUUUCUGCCAUCUUCUAGGUUACAGACAUGACAAUGUGGAAGAAUGGAGGCAGGUCAGUCCAUAUUAAAUACGUGUAUAUUAAGCCAAACACUAACCCAAUGAUAAAAUGUUUUAUGUGUAAAGUGUUAUGUUACAUGUACAAUGUGGUUCAUUAGUUUAAAAAAAAUAAAAUGCUUUAUUCAGGGUUGUGAAGGUUCCUGUUGAAUUACUCAUCUAGAGUCCUAUGUUUUUCCAUAAGAUUGCACAUACACAGGGCCAGAUUAAGAGCCCAGUGGGCCUGGUGCUGACAAUUAUGAUGGGCCUAAUUACAGAAUCUUAUCGACCAAAAACCUCUCAAGUCAUACCUCUCAAGCGUCAUGUAUCUGAUGGAGAUGGUGUUGGAGGGAAACUCAAAGGAUGCAGCUAUAAGAAAACACAUACUCUAUGCUAAUCUCUCUCUAAUUUAUGCUUUCAUCUUUCAAGCAAAUCCAUAUCCCCUAACAGCAGUGUCCAGUGAAGCAGGAAGUCAGUGGGCGGAGUAAAAGGGUGGGCAACUGACGCGAAUCAUGUGACCAGAACUGCCAAAAGGGGCGAACAUGCCCAAAAAGGGGGCAAGUCUGUCCAAAGAAUUGGAAGGCCAGCCUGGCAUCAAUGUCCCCAUUUUUACCAGUGUCAACAUGUCUGUGUGUCCCGUGUCACUAGGAUACAUGGGGACACUGGGAGACAAGGGGGCACUGAGACAUUUGGGGACACUGGGAGAAAUGGGGUCACAGACACUAGGGACACAUACAUGUGGACACAGAUACUGGGAGACAUGGAGAAACAGACAUUUGGUGAAACUACGACACUAGGGACACUGAGAGACAUGGAAACACAAUGUCCCCAUUUUUACCAGUGUCAACAUGUCUGUGUGUCCCGUGUCACUAGGAUACAUGGGGACACUGGGAGACUAGGGGACACAGACACUAGGGACACUGGCUGGGAGGCAUGGGGACACUGGGAGCACUUGUGGACAUAGACAUGGGGACACUGGGAGACAUGGGGACACAGACACUAGGGACACUGGCUGAGAAACAUGGGGACACUGGGAGACAUGAGGAUACAGACAUUUGGGGACACAGAGACAUAAGGGACACAGACACUGGAAGCAAUGGGGACACUAGGGACACUGGCUGGAAGAGAUGGGGACACUGUGUCCCUAGUGUCUGUGUCCCAAUGUGUCUCCUUAUGUCUCACAGUGUCCCCAUGUAUCUCAGCGUCCCCAUUUCUCCCAGUGUCCCCUAGUGUCUCAUUGUCCCCAUGUCUUCCAGUCAGUGGUGUAUCCUGGUUUUGUGCUGCCCUAGGCAGGACAAAACUCAGGCACCUCCCUCCCCUCUGCCCCACCUUCUAAAUACACACACAGUCAGACACACUCAGACACACACACACACACACAGUCAGACACACACACACACAGUCACACAGUCAAACACACACACACAGUCAGACACAAACACACAGACACACACACACACACACACAAUCACUCACAUUAACACUUUUUUAUUUAACCGCCCCCAGCCUCCUUACCUUUGGGAAUGCUGGGGGGUUCUCUCUCUCCCUGGGGUCCAGUGGCUGCCGGUCGGGCUGAUGGGCUGGCUACUGGGCGGGUGGCUGGCGAGGGAGCACUUCCUCUGAGCGGUCUGCUCAGCUCCCUCGCGCGCCGCAGAUAUGAUGUCAUAUUCCGGCUCCCAGCCUCACUCUGUGGCGCGCGAGGGAGCUGAGCAGACCGCUCAGAGGAAGAGCUCCCUCGCCAGCCACUGGGAGACAUGGGGGGACACUGGGAGACAUGGGGACACUGGGAACAGGGACGUAUUAGCCGCGAGGCAAACAAGGCAUUUGCCUUGGGCGGCAUUUUUCAGGGGCGUCAAAAAACGCUGUGCUGGCGGGCGGCGCUGGCUGAUGGGGGGGGCGGCUGGCGAGGGAGCUCUUCCUCUGAGCGGUCUGCUCAGCUCCCUCGCGCGCCGCAGAGUGAGGCUGGGAGCCGGAAUAUGACAGCAUAUUCCGGCUCCCAGCCUCACUCUGCGGUGCGCGAAGGAGCUGAGCAGACCGCUCAGAGGAAGUGCUCCCUCGCCAGCCGCCCCCCCAUCAGCCAGCGCCGCCCGCCAGCCCAGCGUUUUUUGCCGCCCCCUGAAAAAUGCCGCCCAAGGCAAAUGCCUUGUUUGCCUCGCGGCUAAUACGUCCCUGCUCCCAGUGUCCCCCCAUGUCUCCCAGUGGCUGGCGAGGGAGCUCUUCCUCUGAGCGGUCUGCUCAGCUCCCUCGCGUGCCACAGAGUGAGGCUGGGAGCUGGAAUAUGACAUCAUAUUCCGGCUCCCAGCCUCACUCUGCGGCGCGCGAGGGAGCUGAGCAGACCGCUCAGAGGAAGUGCUCCCUCGCCAGCCGCCCGCCCAGUAGCCAGCCCAUCAGCCCGACCGGCAGCCACUGGACCCCAGGGAGAGAGAGAACCCCCCCAGCAUUCUCAAAGGUAAGGAGGCUGGGGGCGGUUAAAUAAAAAAGUGUUAAUGUGAGUGAUUGUGUGUGUGUGUGUGUGUGUGUGUUUGACUGUUGACCGUUUUUUGCCGCCCCCUGAAAAAUGCCGCCCAAGGCAAAUGCCUUGUUUGCCUCACGGCUAAUACGUCCUUGCUCCCAGUGUCCCCAUGUCUCCCAGUGUCCCCUAGUGUUUCAGUGUCCCCAUGUGUCCCCUAGUGUCUGUGUCCCCAUGUCUCCCUGAUGCCUUUCCCCCCUAUCCUUCACAUACCUGAGCUGUAGUCUGUCUUUGCAAGCUGGGAGCUGCUGUCUGGACUCUCUGUGCUGUGUAGCUGCUUCCCCGGUGGUCAUUGAGUAGAGAGAGGCAGGGAUAUGCUGUAACUUCCUAUCCCUGCCUCUCUCUAACACAGUGACCCCUACUGGCCAGUGCUGGUAUUGCAGAGUAAUCUCCGAUUAUACUGAGAAAAAUAUUUGCAUUUGUAUUGCCAGUAUUACUGCAAUACCAACACGGCCAGGCAGCCUCAAAUACCAGCUGUGCCCUAAAAUACCAGUCAGGUGGUAAACCUAAGAGUAGUGUAUGUUUUUUGUUUUUUUUAAAUGGGCCUAUUUCAUGGGCCUGGAGCUGCAGCUCCAUCAGCCCCUAUGUUAAUCUGACCCUGCGACACACACUUGCACCUGUCAUUACUGAGCUGAAUCUGACAAGGGGUGAUCAGUAGCAUUGUGGAUGUAAACCAUAUUUCUCUUCAACAGAUGUUUGAAAAAGAAAGAGAGAUUCUGACGGAGAUAAAUAAAGUGACCGGAUACACCUUGAAGCCUCUGACUACAAACUAUUUGUAACCAUAACUUGGACAUCUUAUCCAUAUGUCAAGAUACUUUACUUACAUGGUUUCUAAACACAUGAAACUGUGAAAGACAUUGUAUAUUUCAAAGUUCAAAAUGUGUCUUUCUUUCAGGUUGUUUUUUUUUUUUUUUUUUUUAAUUCUUUUAAAGAAAACUAGGCCCUAUUAUAUUUGGAAAUGAAUGGCAGCAUCGAGUACUCUACAUACUUUAAGACCUUGCACUCAUAAUGUUAAUAUUUGUAAAUAUUUUUUAUAUUAAACUGAACUUAAA